AUGUAUGAUGAGGAGCGAUCGGAUACGUUGAAUAUAUCUGAUGUGGAGGAGUGGAAGCUAUACAAGUACAGGCCGCUUUUGCGGUUCUUCAACUUCUUACUUUUUCGUGAAUACACGAAGAAACUUCAGCGCUUGCGCAAAGCUGACCGUCUUCUAGAAGUUGAAGCAGAAAUCCGUGAAAAGGAGAAUCUGAGACAACAGAAUCUUAGAGAGCUUGAACUGAGGAUGAACGCCAUGCUGGGAAGGCCGGGUUCUUCUCCUUUUAACAACAAUCCCAAAGAGAAGAUUGGCUUGAACGCUAGGCUUGAUCUCUGUGAGUCGAAAAUGAAGGAAAUGCAGCUUACGCUUGAGAAAAUCCACAUACUUGUGCGUGAAGUUGCAGCGACAAUGGGUGGAAAUGUAACGCAAGAAACACUGCCGCCAACACCUCCAGGACGAAAAUCGUCAUUCUCAUCGAAUUAUCGUCGUCAUCACUUUCUGCGUAAUCAACAUGUGAGCGAAGAAAGCGAUGUAGAUGAAUGA